UGUCAAAGAUGACACAGACAGUUUCGAAUACGCUGUAGGGAGAUAUCAUGGGAUCAUAAGGCAUAUUUUAUUCAAAUAUGGUAAAUUAAAAGAACUGCUGGCGUGAAUAUGAACAUGCUGACAAAUAGAAGUAUUUAUAACAUGUUGGCGAAUAGACAUGUUUAAAUUUAUUUCGCUAAAUCUUUUAAAAAACAAAAGUUUCGCUUUUGGUACAAUUCUAUUAUUCACCCUGGAACUGGCAAUUUUCGAAAUCUUUCACAUGUCAAAUUAUUCACUAAACGUCAACCACACCAGAAAGGUUUAGCUCGUAAACAGUUUUAUAAAUUGGAAAAAUUGUGCGAGGAUCAUGUCUUUGGUAGCAUAUGCCGACAGCAGCGACGAAGACAGCCAAACAGACAAUGAAGAGACUCCAUCGAAGCCCGAAAAUUUAAGUGAACGCGGUUUAAAUGGUCAUAUAAGUGACGACGAUGAUUACGAACAAUCCGUCCCGAAUUUGGACAGCGUCCUAGUUCUCCCAACACCAACGAAAAAAUUCCUAAAUUUGCCAGCACCCAGCAUAUCAGAUGAAGCCACAGAAGAAACACAAGAAGACACUAUUACUCCUGCAUUUGACAAAUUGCCCCAGCCAAAGGCCGAGACUGGUCAAAGUAAAGUCAUUGAAGAGGAUGAUGAAUUUUUACACAAGAAAGAGAAACCAUCGGAAGAAAAGCCGCCUCCGAUAGCACCAAAAAAAGGUCCUGUUAAAAUCACGAUACCGUCUUUAUCUCAAUUCAGAGAUCUUGAAAUUGACAAACCGUCGACGGUGAAGCCAUCAACAAGUGAAGCAAAAAAGUCUUCAGGACUCCUAGGUCUAUUGCCCAAACCAAGACAUGAAAUGCUGCUACAGAAAGCGAAAGAUACACCCUCCACUUCAAAAGGGGCAUCAACUUCAAGCGUCACCUCGCUCAUCCCCGACUCUGUAAAGAAUCGAGCAAACAAGAAACCUGCAACAAAGCCAAGCAAACAAAUUCCACAGCGAAAAGCAUUGGUUGCGCAUGGUAGCGAUAGUGAAGACAGCGACGCUGACGGUGGCGAUUUCUUCUCUCUUAACACAGAACACAAACUCCCUGAGGUCAGUGCUAACGAGAUAAAUGCUAUGGUUGCGAAAAGAGCUGCACAAAUGGCCACUGCGGCAUCCAGAGUUAACGAAAUGUUGGAAACUAAAUAUGAGGAACCUUCUGAAGUGGAAAACCCUGCAACUUACGACAGCCAAGUACCUUCUACGUCGCAUGAAGUGAACUUCGACGAUAGAGCCAUCAAAGCAUUGGUUGGAAGUCGUGCGAAGCGGCAGAAGAUGGAAGAAAUGAACAUAGUCGAGUUGUCUGCUAAUCAAGUUCUUCCAAAUCAGGAUGAAUGGCUAAGAACGGCGCUUGCUUCUUCGACUUCUUAUCAAGCCAGAGGGGUGUUAGUCGAUGAGGAGCCAUCCCCUGGAACACGACGAAAACAUCAAAUUACUUAUUUGGCGCACCAAGCUAAAGCCAAUGAACUGGAGCUGCAGGCAAUGUGGUCAGCAAACCGACAUACCAGACGACAAACUCAAGGAAAAUAUGGUUUUUAGACUAAGUUUGAACAUUAGUAAAAUAUCGAUAAUAAUAAAACGAUUUUCUAUUAUAAUAAGUUCUAA